CCGGCGGCUGUUAGGCGACGUAAAGCCCUCAGCACAGGUGACCCGCUUCGGGAGUCUCAGGUACACGGACUCCUCCCCCGGGCAUGGAAUGCGGAAGCGGCGGCGGUGGGAGGAGGAGCUCUCGGAGACAGAGCGGGGAGACUCCCGGAGACAGUGUCUGGGACACGGUGGGGGGGAACCUGCGCUACACAGCGAGGAGCGGGGCAUUUAGCCAGAAACACUGACGGCUGCCCCAAGGAAACGGAAGGGCAUUGCCAGUCCCACCAUGCCCCCCGCUCUAUGAACCAUGUCCACCCAGACAAGCCUCCCGCCCGAGUCGGAACCAUUGCCACCCGGGCCAGACCAAGGCGCCAAUGAACCCAAAAAGAAGAAGCACAAAGUGGGCACCCUGCGACGGGCGCUAAGCUGGCUCCGAGGACGCAAGAAGAAGAAAUCGGAGGUCAAACAGCUGCAACAGCAGGAGAGAAAAGAACAAUCAAAGGAAGCCCAGCCCAGCUCAGCUCCAGAGGUGGAAUCUCUUGACAAUGGUUUCUUUCCUAGUAAACGCACAGCCCUUGUGGAGGAUAUUCAUAGCCAAGCUCAGGAGGGCCUUAAAUCACUUCAGAGAAGAGAGAAGCAGCAGAACAAGCUUCAACCCCAAGAAGAGAACCAGAGCUCUCCGCCACAACCAGACAGUCCUGAUAAUGGCUUCCGUGCACGAUCUCAAUCCUGUGCCACAGAGAGCACUGAUGAUGCCAUGUCUGUUCGAUCAGAAAUGAUUCAGCGUAAAGGCUCAACAUUUAGACCAUAUGACUCCCCCAGUGUCUCCUCAGGGAGACAAGGUCGAAGGCGCAAACAGAAGAGAGCCACUGUCAUGGGAGUCCCACAUCAUGUUGCUGCAGAACUGGGUCUAAAGUCUUCGAAUUCAACACACCGUGGAAUUCACGAACUUUUCCCUAAGGACGUACAGCCAAUUGGAAAGCAGGCACUUAUUACUGGAACGAAUGGGAUUCCAAGAGCAGAGGGUAAUUUUGUGGUUAUUCCAACAGUAGACGGUAACUCGGCCUCAACCCCACAUGAAGGAGCUCAUAUCUCUUUAGCAGCUCUGGAACAGACCGAGGCUGUCUUGCAGCGACACAUUGACAGGGUUUAUAAGGAUGACAGUUAUAUUGACUUCAAGUCUGGCCCCAAACUAUCCCCUUUACUACUUCGUCCAAAGUCUCUUGCUGUACCUGGGAUGACUACGCAUUCACCUCGGAGUCCUGUCAUGUGUAUAUCACCUCAGGCCACAUACAUGUCCAAGAUCAUUCCAAAUGCUGUGUUGCCACCAAUGGUGGAUGUAGUGGCUUUGAGCCACACGAGUGUCCGAACCUUAAGUCGAUGUAGCUUAGCCACUGCCAGCCCAGCCUCUGUGCGAGGCUCUCUUCACAGGGGAAGAGGCCAGUCCUUUUCCAGUGAUACAUGGAGUCGUUCACAGUCAACAGAGACAAUUGUAUCCGACUCGUCCACCAUCUCCUCACAUGGUGGGGUGCAGGAAUCAAGUGAGAAAUACGAGUCUCGACUUAGCACUGGGAGAGCAUCACCAGCUCUUAGCACAGGCACCCAAGAAGGCUCAGAUUCUGCUAGUCUGUGCAGUGCUCAAUCUUCCAUUCGCAGUGUUUCUCUGAGAAAGAGCAAGAAAGCCCCCACUCCCCCUAAGCGAACCUAUUCCCUGCAGCAGCAGAGGGAGAUGGGGCUUCCUCCUAGGCCUGAAAGAAAACCGACAUCUAAAUCUUCUGGUGCACGGGAUCAAUGGGUGCUUAAAACAGAGGCAGCAAUGUUAGACAAUGAAGUGUUUUCACAAUCCAUGUAUAGUACAAAGCUGAGUUCACCAAGCCGGUCAGACAGGACACUCUCUCCCUCCAGUGGAUACUCAAGCCAAAGUGGCACCCCUACAUUGCCCCCUAAAACCAUUCUUGAAUCCUCAGAAUCUCCUGGUUCCCGCAGGAAAACCCCUCCAAAACCAGAAAGAACAAGUUUGAGAUCAAAGGAGGGAUCAUCAGUAAGCACUAACUCUUCUAAUGAAGCCACUUCCCCUAUUUUGGUCAGCCCUGCCAUGGCCGGUACUUCAAUGGGAGACCAAGAGAGGCUAGAUUUAAUCCCCCCACAUCCAAAUGUGCUUGCUCCUUUAUGUCCUCCUCCAAGCAAGAUAAGCAGACUAGUGAAAACACCCAGUGGAACACCAGAUGCAUCACCACCGCCUUCUCAUCACCCCACACCACCACCUAUCAGAAAAUCUGACUCAGAAGGACAGAGUAUGCUCAUUUCAAAGAAAACAUCUAAACAAAGAGAAAUACUGUGGCCUCCACCUCCUCCUGAUGUCCCUGAUUUACAAGAUACAUCUAUGGCAGAUUUUCCUCCCCCUGAGGAGGAACUUUUAAUGCCACCACCACCAUCACUGGACCCUGGAUCUGAUUCUAUACUGAAUUCAGAACAAAUAUGUAAUGUUUCACAUAAAGAGGAGGAAAAAAGUUCCAGUGGGCCAUCUCAAUUGCCCAUUUCAAUUGCCACAGAGGCCCAAUCUGCUGCUCUGCCUUGUCAUGCUUCUUCAACUCAUUCCAUAGAACCGACUACUGUUUCUGUACUUCAUUCAGCAAAUCCAUCGACAUUGCCGACAACGGUGCCUGCACCCCCUUCCACAGAUGCAUUGUCUGCCUUGGUGACUCCUCUCACACAGCCAAUUCCUGCGACAAUUCCCACAGAGCCUGCAUCUGCCUCUGUGCCUCCUCUCACAGAGACCACACCUGCCUCUGUGCCUCCUCUCACAGAGACCACACCUGCGUCUGUGCCUCCUCUCACAGAGACCACACCUGCGUCUGUGCCUCCUCUCACAGAGACUGCAUCUGUGCCUCCUCUAGCAGAGACCACACCUGCGUCUGUGCCUCCUCUCGCAGAGACCACACCUGCGUCUGUGCCUCCUCUCGCAGUGACCACACCUGCGUCUGUGCCUCCUCUCGCAGAGACCACACCUGCGUCUGUGCCUCCUCUCGCAGAGACCACACCUGCGUCUGUGCCUCCUCUCGCAGAGACCACACCUGCGUCUGUGCCUCCUCUUGCAGAGACCACACCUGCUUCUGUGCCUCCUCUCACAAAGACCACUCCUGUGCCUCCUCUCUCAGAGACCACACCUGCGCCUCCUCUCUCAGAGACCACACCUGCGCCUCCUCUCUCAGAGACCACACCUGCGCCUCCUCUCUCAGAGACCACACCUACGCCUCCUCUCACAGAGAUCACACCUGCGCCUCCUCUCACAGAGACCACACCUGCGCCUCCUCUCACAGAGACCACACCUGCGCCUCCUCUCACAGAGACUACACCUGCGCCUCCUCUCACAGAGACCACACCUGCGCCUCCUCUCACAGAGACCACACCUGCGCCUCCUCUCACAGAGACCACACCUGCGCCUCCUCUCACAGAGACCACACCUGCAACUGUGCCUCCUUUAGCAGAGGCCACACCUACACUUCUUGGGGUGCCAGCUACCACAGAGGUUUCUCAUGAGCCUCUUGUGCAGUCUGUAACUUAUAAAUCACAUGCUGUUGCAACACCACUAGUGCUAAACUGUGCCACCACCACUGUGAACACUACAGGAUCAGAUGUUGCUAAAGAGUCCUCUGUAGUCACAGUGGAUCCAACUAUUUCCACUACUGCAUCUAGAAGCACAGUUUCUCCCUUUGCUCCUGUGCCAUUAUCUCAGUCCACUAGAUCAUCCAUCCCACUGGUGCCAGGUAGUCCCCGCCCCAAGCCAAGCACAUGGAAGCCAGUAAGUGCCCCUUCAAAAAAACUUGCAGCUCCCAGUCAGCCUGUUGCUGCUACACCAAAGGAGGAUGCUAACUUGCCUAUUGUGACCCCUUCUCUGCUACAAAUGGUUCGGCUACGCUCUGUACAAGUCAGAGGACCACAGGAGGACAACAAUCAAUUUUCUGGACUCUCUGUACCCCAAAAACCUAUACGGAAAUCACUUUCUCAAAGAUCCCCUCCUGGGUUUAGCCCCCCUGCUGCGAAAAGCAAUGUAGAAACCACAAAGGCACAACAGAAAAUUGCAGAGCCUGGACACUCCCCCUCUACACAUAAAUCUCCUGCCUCUGCUGCCAAUUUUGUGUUUUCCCGUGGGGCAAAAAAGUUUGUGUUUGAGCCUCCAACAUCAGAGGAAGCUGAAGCAUCACUGAAGAGAAACCUAGUGGCAGAACUUAAAUCGCAAGGUAUACCACGAAGCCCAGAGGAGAAACCCCCACUACAGAGAAAGCCAAGUAAAAUUCCUCCACCAGUAGCAAGAAAACCAUCACUACCAAAACCACGAGCAUCAACCAGCUCUGACACAGGAGGCAGCAAUGGAAGUGUAUGCACACCCUGUGACACAAGACCAGCUCCAGCAGCAACAGGGACAAAUGCAGCUGAAACUCUGGCGGGCCAUGAGCAACAGCAACCCUGACCUGUUGAGCAAGAAUGAGCCAUUGAGAGAAACAUUUAAGGUGAUGCAGUCUCAGGGACACCUCUGCUGAACACCUACUACCGGAGUCACAUGAUUUGCCUUAAAUUCUUAUUAGCUGUGGUAUUUAUGCAACAAGAGGUGUUUGUUAUUACUAUAUUGAAUCUUUACUGGAAUAUCAGCUUGAACUAAAAAGGACGAAAUUAUUUUAAUAAGAGGAACCUUGCUGCUGCUUCUUCUUACUUCUGUGGAAAGAUAGUCUUGCAUCCAUUUAGGGGGAUAUAGCUUAGAACCCUACAGCCUUAACCAGAGCUUGAUGUGUAAAACCUUAUUUGUAAAAUUUACAGGGAAUUUAUUCAGGCUUUAGCUGCUGGUGCAGCCAGAAUCUUUCUGCCAGGGCUGGGCUCAAAAUGUAAUAAAAAAAAAAGAAUUGUCUUGCUCACAGUUGCAACAGCCAGAUAAUCAUAAAAAAUGCUGGUGUUCGGAUUAGAAUUUGCACAAGCUACUGUAUAUCAGCACACUUUCUUAAGAUGCUGCAUCUUUUAUUGUUUUUUUUUAAUCCUGUGGAUCCUGAAAUGUAAUGCUUUUAAGAAUGAUCUGUAAACUUGAUUUUUAGCCUGCACACUACUGAAAGGGUUGGAGCCAAUGGGUAAAAAAAAGUAUUCAGAGUAAUAAAAAUACAGUGGUUUAGUUUCUGACCUUAAAAUGAGAUUCAUGUCAUGUCUUUACAUAGUUUGCAUACUUGUAAGAAGUAAAGCUCAUCAAAGAAUUAGGCUAGAAAUGCUACGCCUGAGAGUCUUGAGUUUCUGUACUAGCCCAAGGCCACCGUAUCAUUGAACAUCUAUGCACCCAGUAGCUUCCCAUCUUCUUGUCUUCCAAUUCACAGAACAUGCUCUGGGCAGCUGUCAGUAACGCAAGCUUAGAGGCCAACUCAUAAUAUACAUACAAGAUAAAAUUAUGAUACAAGACGAAUCAUAAUGUAUUCAGAUUUACUUUUAAUGACAUCAGAAUGGAUUAAUAAUCAGCCCUGUAGCAUCAAAGGGGAUUUCUAAGGACCCUUAAGCUAAACUGCAGAGCACACUGAGCAUGGAUCGCAUUUCUGGCACUUGUUAGUGCAUUUCUGCACUAACAAGAUGGGAAGCUGCUGUCUACAAAUUCGAAGGCAUGGUCUAUUAUUGGUGUAGAACUACGGCCAACAAAUUUGAUGGCAUGGUCCAUUAUUGGUGUAGAACUGCUUGUACAGAAAAUUUAGUAUAUUAAAAAAAAAUACACUUCUGUUUGUUUUAAUUGUCCUCACUGAUUCACUAAUUCUUUGCAGAAAUACAAUUGGUCAUGAUAAAAAAAAUUCUACAGUAGUAAACCCAAACAUAUAAGCAAAACUGAAUAUUAUUAUUUUAAAUGAAUGGAAGCAGCUCUUAACAUUAUUUGUACACAAAGUUAAUGGAGCUACUGCCCAAAAUGUAUUUUUGCUUCUGUUAACCAAUAAUUAUCCCGGGUGGUUGUGACAUUGAGCAAUACUGUUUUAUAAUGUGUAAGACUGAAGUAAAUUCUGGUUUUUCAGUGUGAAUUUUCCUAGCUAAUAUACAGUUAUCAACAGACCAAAAGGAUUUUCAUAUUUACCUACUCUUGAAGAGUCAGUGAUCAACCACUAUUGUUUAGUAAUAAUGAUGGAAAAGGAACUUGGUUGCAGUGUAUUCAUUUGACAGAUAUUACCAUACAUAUGGCCUCUUUCAUUGCAGGAUAACAGUUAAUGUCAUUUUGGCAUAAAAACACCUAGUUGAUACUAGAAUGAUAUUAGGGGGCUGUAUAUUGUAUUUAUUAAGGUAACCAAUUAAGGUAACCAGCUCUUACGUAUAAAAAAAAAUUAAUAUUCUGUAUGACCAUUUACAUCAGCACAUGGUCAAAGCAUGGAUGACCAUUUCAGCAUUUAAAGGGAAAGAACAGUUUUGUUUUUUAUAUAUACAUGUUACGGUAUGCAGAACUACUGUUGCUACAAAAGGGUCCUUCACCAAAUAAAAAGGUGUAUGCUCCAAGAGACUCAUUACUGCUUACACAAUAUUCUGCUGUGGAAUGUAUAUGUGAAAACCACACCUUACUUUAGUUAUUAAAGAAUACUACGAAAAAGCAACCAGAUAUGUAAAAUUGACAAGAGCUCUCCGUUUUGUCCCUAAGAACAAGCACCAUCGAUUUUAAGCUCUACAGCAGACCAGCAAGUAAACGUGACAGAAUCUAAGGUAGCCCUGGGUCAGGGUAUAAAUUAAACAAGAUCUUGUAUAGUGUUCGUUAAGUUUAGGGAAAUUUAGUGUUCCCUUGGAAUCUUAAAUCACAUUGCUGUUUAAGGCAUACAAAGAAACAGUCAUUGUAAAUAAACAAAUCGAACUUCCCAGCCUUGUGGAAACAAAUCUUUAAACUUGUUAUCUAGAAAAGUCUGAAUCACAGGAAGGCCUUUUUGCAUUUUAAACAAAUAAUUAAAUUUAAAACAUUUUCAUUUUUCUCUGGAUAAAUAAAAUAAUACUGUGAACCAGAUUCUUACUAAACUGCAUAAUCCAUACUUCAUACUGUGGACAAAAUAAUCCUAUUGAGUUUAUUUAAUGUUUAAGUUUUUUUUCUUAAAGGUAUGGAAGUCCAAAUUACGGAAAAAUCCAAAAAAAUCUAGAAAACCCCAGGUCCCAAGCAUUUUUAGAUAAUAGAUCGUAUUCAUGUAUAUGUAUGUAAAGUACCCUAUUUGAUCUGUUGGUAACUUGCUAACUCAUCAGUGAUAAGUCUGAUGCAGUUUAAUGAAUUGUAAAUGUAAUGUAACCAUCAAUCUCCACAAGGCCAGAAAAAAAAUAGUUUUCUUUCCAUUUAGGUUAUGGCUCAUUAACAGCCAAACCUGACUUCAACCCACUCCAGCGUCUGUACUAAAAGGCACUGCUUUGGCUUGGGAGCAGACACGUGUGAAAAUUUCGGGUGGCACACGGGGCAAAUUCUGUUUUUUUUUCAGCCUGUGAAGAAGCAAAAGAACAUGGCUAUGCAUCUUCUCACUAAAUGUACCUGCGCCUAGACAGGCAGAUUUCAUCAGAAAAUUUGCAUUCUGGUCAAAAAUCUAGAAUGUAUUUCAUUCAAGUAAAUCAGAGGCUGAACAGGCACAUUCUGGAACUUCUCUUGCCAGUUAAAAACACUGGCAGAGGAUAAGCCCUCUGUGGCAUGGCCUCCAGAUUUACAGCUUGUCUUACACUGCACACAAAUAUUAAAAGCUAAAAUACUACUUGAGAGGUUUUACUGUAUGCCAUGUGAAUAACAUGCUUAUAUACACAUUCUGAGGUGUGGUGCCUCACUGUUAAUUCAAUUUAAAAGUGGGUUUCAUUUUUAGCCCCCCCCCCCAGCUGUAAGUGCAAAACACUGGAAAUCACAAUGUGCCAUUGCCCGUAGCUUGUCUAAGGGUCAGUGUCCCCUAUUUGAAAGGAAAAGAGGCAGAAGAGGAGGCGGAAUCAUUCAAAAACUAAUUAGUAAAAACUUGGUCUAUAUGUAUAUAAGGCAUUUUGCUUUUCUGGUGUUUCUGGCCUUGUAUUUUAACCAGACAUGGAAUCAUAUGGCACUGAAUACAGUGAUAGUUUUAAAUAACUCCUUCAUGGUUAUUUGGUAUACAGAACUUUUUUUUUUAUAUAUAUAUUCAUACACACAAUGUACAGCAGUAUUUAACCCAUGCUCCCCUCCUCCUCCUACUAUUAGUUGUGGUCCCAGGCAGGAAAAAACAAUACUUGUGAAAGAUUGUUCAGCUAUUUAAGUGCAAAUCUGUAAGUCUCUGUUAGCAAUAUAUAUUUAUAAAAAAUAUACACACACAUACACAGAGAGCUUUUACAGAAUGUAGCCUAGGGAGACCAAAUCACAGUUCUGCAUGUAGUAGUAUAUCUGCAUUUAUCCUGUUCUUUGAUCUGCUGUUUGUAUGAGACAAACAAUCCUUUUAUAAAUGGUGUUAUCAAAA